AUGGAGACACCAGCAAACGAAGCCGCCAGCCCGGUGCCGGCCAGCGAGGCCGGUGCAAAGCAGAGCUCAGCCAUGCUCAGGGCCAGUGGUCCAAGUCGUUCACAAGUGGCGACUGGAGCUGGGAAGGCAUCCAAUAGGCUUCUCGGCGCGCCACCGCCCACUGGCAAGACGAGCCCGAGCUCAACCAGGCCCACCAGCGGCUCGCGCCAUUUGCAAGCGGGAAUCAGAACCGCCGACAAGGCACCUAAACCAAUCUGCGCAGCGGCACCCUCUGGCAGAACGAGCAUGAGCUCAACCAAGCCCGGCAGUGGCCCAAGUCCUGCACGAGGUGCUCCUGCCCGCCAAUUGGAAGGCAGCAGGGUGUUGCCAAGAGCGGUGCGGAGCUCCAGGUACGACGACAAAAGGAAGCUGGAGGCUUUUAACCUCUUGCAGCUCAAGGGAAUGCACCGAGCCCUGGUUGAGUAUGCUGACGGUAAGUUGGAAACGGCCAACUUGGCUCGCUUCAUCAUUGGGGCUCUCUUCGAUAGUGAGUUCAAUGGAGGCAAGCGCUGGGAUGUUAACGGGGCCACCGCGGAACCUGCGGACGGCGCCGACACCUUCGUCUGUGAAAAGAGCGCCGAGUAUGACUGGAAAGAUAUCUCCUCUGUGGCGUCUGCCAAAGCUCGAAUCCACGUGACGCCGGAGCUGAUUAGUAUUCAUGACUACUCCUACUAUGUGGCUGGGUGA